AUGCGUCUGAAAGAUUACCGGCUGCUCAUAGCGAGAGUCAGAGACAUCACAGAACACCGAAAAAUCACAAGCAGGGGACGGAAAAAAGCAGCAGCUGGAAGCAUCAAGGGCAGGCUCUGCCCGAGAGCCGGGAGGCACAGCCGGAGGCAGACACUUCCCUUCCCCUGGGCACCGCCAGCUCCUCGGGCACGGCUGACACAAAAUCACCCCGGAGCCCGGCACGGACCCGGAGCCCGGCACGGACCCCCGGAGCCCGGCACGGACCCCCGGAGCCCGGCACGGACCCCCGGAGCCCGGCACGGACCCCCGGAGCCCGGCACGGACCCCCGGAGCCCGGCACGGACCCCCGGAGCCCGGCACGGACCCCCGGAGCCCGGCACGGACCCCCGGAGCCCGGCACGGACCCCCGGAGCCCGGCACGGACCCCGGAGCCCGGCACGGACCCCCGGAGCCCGGCACGGACCCCCGGAGCCCGGCACGGACCCCCGGAGCCCGGCACGGACCCCCGGAGCCCGGCACGGACCCCCGGAGCCCGGCACGGCCCCCGGAGCCCGGCACGGACCCCCGGAGCCCGGCACGGACCCCCGGAGCCCGGCACGGCCCCCGGAGCACGGCACGGACCCCCGGAGCCCGGCACGGACCCCCGGAGCACGGCACGGCCCCCGGAGCCCGGCACGGACCCGGAGCCCGGCACGGACCCCCGGAGCACGGCACGGACCCCCGGAGCCCGGCACGGACCCCCGGAGCCCGGCACGGACCCCCGGAGCCCGGCACGGCCCCCGGAGCCCGGCACGGCCCCCGGAGCCCGGCACGGACCCCCGGAGCCCGGCACGGACCCCCGGAGCCCGGCACGGCCCCCGGAGCCCCGAGCACACCCGAGCUCCUCACGGCGUCCCGGGGAACCGCUCCAGCCCCGAGCUCCUCAGGGCGGCUGCCCCAGCCUGGAGCAGACCCGCAGACAGCCCCUCCGAGCCGACCCUCCCACGCUGCCCCGAGGCACCGACCCUCACGGAUCCCCUCAGAGCCGACCCCCGCACGCCCCCUCAGAGCUGCCCCGGCCGCCCACGGCGAGACCCCGUAGCUGCGAGGCACGGCCAGCACGGCGCUGGGCAGCCGUAG